CCUUUCCUUAUCACUCUAUCGUCCUGCCACUAUUUCCUCUUCGCGAUUUCCAGGGAUUGCAUCUGGGAUUUUUCCUAGCUCUCUCGAUUCUCCACCCGACGCCCUCUGUCUCCCCGAUUAGGGGUUUCCAGGUUUGUUUUACUGGAUCACAGUAACCCUUUGCGGUUCGAGGUCCGAGUCAGCCCGACCCAUCCUUAAUCUCCUCAAGACCGAGCGAGUGAUUGAUCAAUGGCAUCACAAUCUGAUCACAAGGCUGCGAUAAUCGAUGGGAAAGCUAUAGCUCAGACCAUCCGAAAUGAGAUUGCGGAGGAAGUUCGUCAUCUGUCCCAGAAAUACGGCAAGGUUCCGGGACUGGCAGUGGUGAUAGUUGGGACCCGGAAGGACUCCCAAAGCUAUGUGAGCAUGAAGCGAAAGGCGUGCGCUGAAGUUGGGAUCAAAUCUGUGGACAUUGACCUCCCGGAGAAUGUGUCCCAAGACGACCUCAUUGCCAAAGUUCACGAAUUGAAUGCUACUUCUGAUGUACAUGGUAUACUAGUUCAGCUCCCAUUGCCAAACCAUAUUAAUGAGGAGAAAGUGUUGAGUGAAAUCAGCAUCGAGAAGGAUGUUGAUGGCUUUCAUCCUCUCAACAUCGGCAAACUUGCAAUGAAAGGCAGAGAACCUCUGUUCCUUCCUUGCACUCCCAAGGGAUGUCUUGAACUUCUGUCGCGGAGUGGGAUAAGCAUAAGGGGGAAGAAAGCAGUGGUUGUUGGCAGAAGUAACAUUGUUGGACUACCAGUUUCAUUGCUUCUUUUGAAAGCAGAUGCUACUGUUACCGUAGUCCAUUCCCGCACACCUGAUCCAGAGAGUUUCAUCUGUGAAGCGGACAUUGUUAUUGCUGCAGCAGGACAGGCAAUGAUGAUCAAGGGUAGUUGGAUAAAACCCGGUGCUGCUGUCAUUGAUGUCGGCACAAAUGCUAUAGACGAUCCGAGUAGAAAGUCGGGCUAUAGAUUGGUUGGAGAUGUAGAUUUCCAGGAAGCAUGUAAGGUAGCCGGAUGGGUAACUCCUGUUCCUGGUGGCGUCGGACCAAUGACGGUGGCAAUGUUGCUCAAGAACACUUUGGAUGGUGCUAAGCAUGCUAUUGCGCAAUAAAGCCCCCCCUUGUCCUUUGAUCCCUUCAUAAUAAGCUGCUGCUCAAGAACACUUUGUAUGUUAUCUAUAUUAAGGGAGAGAGACACAACAAAUGAUAUAAUCUACGCUAAAAGAUAGGGGGUAUGCUUAGCCUUAUAAUGGGCAAUAAUGUGGUUCAAAUUUAAUUUUUGUGAGAAUCGAACCUAAAACAUUUUACUUACAAGUGAAUAUGAAUAUCAUUAGAUCAUCGUACUAA